CGCAAGUUGCCAGUCGCAUUAAUUGAGGCACGCACCGGGUAGAAUUUCGGAUGGUGGCUCCAUUUGCUUGACUUCCUUAAAAGUUCCUACUCAUAUCCCUGCUCAUGUAUCAAGGAGUAGUUGUAGUAACGUGUAUGGCGCUCUCGCUGACGAGUACUGAGAAACCGAAGCCCUUCAUCGAUUCCUUAUCGCAUUGAGCCUUUCUGUGUCGAAGCGUUAUAAUAUUGCAACGCUUUGAGGGACUUGUGAAAGCAUCGCCUGUCGCGGAUGGCGCAGGCGAGGGCGGGGCAAGGCUUUCGGGGUGCAGCAGGGCCAUCGGCUCCCGCAGGGCCGACCGACUUGCGCAAUCUCAUAUCGCCAUCAAGUUAUACGUAUGAGCGACUCAGUGACGUGGGCUCUCCGGAGGAGACGCCAUACCGACGGAAUUUUCCCAACACCGGCUUUGGCGAUGCAGCGGGCUCCGACUCCGACGACGCAGACGGCUUCUAUCCUAACCGCGGGCGGCAGGCGCCGAUGACGUGGUUGGACCGGCUGAAGAACCUGGGGCAGCGCGCGCCCCCUCCCGUGCAGAGCAACUACCUCACCCUCAUCCCGCUAAACGAUGAGCGCCUGAAGCCGCGGCACACGGCACUGCUGGUGUCCUGCCUGCUGCUGCUGGCGGUGGCGCUGGCGGCGGGGGUGUUUGUGGUGGUGCCUCGCGGCGUCACGGUGGGCAGCAUCCAGGUCCGUUCCAGCCGCAUGUCGUUCAACACCUCCAAGUCCACCUACCAGAUCAUCCUCACCGCCACCAUCCCCAUCUUCAACCCCAACUACCUGCCGGUGCGUGUGGCGGGCAGCCUGCUGGUGUCCUUCUACGACCAGCAGGCCGGACUCACAGCACUGGAGCCGCAGCAGAUACCCGCGCGCGCGCUGCCGGAGGUGAUUGAGGUGGACAUGGACGCGAGCAGCGUGCCGCAGAAGUACCUGUUCACCAUCUACACCCAGUGCUUCACAUUCCCCGAGCGCAUCAUCUUCUUCCUCACCGGCAGGCUGCAGUCGCGGUUCCUGGGAUACAACUUCUCCAUACCGGACAUUGACUCCUACUUCAUCGUGCCCUGCACCAACUCACCCGACCACGACGCACCCGACCCGCCCAAGCCCGCGCGGCCGCUCAAGCCGCCGCACAUGCCGCUCCCGCCGCCGAAGCCGCCGCGGCCGCCGUACCCGCCCCUGUGGGAGGCUGCCCACGGCGAGGGGGCCGAGGCAGGGGUGUCGGAGGCGGGAGUGGAGGAGGCGGCGUGGCGGGAACGGCAGCAGCAGCUGCAGCAGCAGGUGGGGGCGCGACAGCAGCAGCAGCAGCAGCAGGUGGGGCUGGGGGGCAGCGGGAGUUCGGAGGUGGAGAAGCCAGAGGCACCCCAGGAGGAGGCGGAUGGCGGGCGGAGAGGGCACUAUGAGGAUUGGGAGGAGCUUGGGCAGGCAGCGGCAUGAACGGUCGGGUUCGACGCUGCUGCUCAAGUCGAGACAGUUGCAUGGAUGCACGUAUUGCUGAAAGUCCAGUGUUACAUCCUUAGACAGUGGCGCAGUGCGGUGAGGCCGCGUGUUUAGGUGUCAAGCCUUGGGAGAUGAGUGUGCACCGGGUUGCGUGUUGCCGUAAUGGGAGUGGCGGCGAGCAACACAAAUACAGUGCGUGCGGUUGUGUCACGAUGUAGUGGGUCACCGGACUUGGCACGGGUCGUGUCGGUGAGGCUGCCGUAGACUUGCGACCGCGGCCCGCAUGUCGUGACGACAGCUCGGCUGACUUCAAGACUUUAGCACGGUAGUGUACAUGAUUGCUGAGUUUGCAGUGGCGUAGUGCGUGCUUGGAUGCAACCAUACCACCGUAUUCGAGUCACAUUACGGCAAGAAGGGCAUUGCCUUGCAAUGCGCCGCUCUUUCUCGGACCUCUGCGCGCAUACACGCACACGGCCAAGUACCGUAGGUGCCAAGGCCCACACAUUCGGGAGUCGGUUGUCGAAGAUGCUUUCAUGGAACGAAAUGCGCAAGUCGGUGUAUUCCACUGCGUCAUGCAUGCGACUCACGGCAGUAACAUGCCACACUGCCACGGGAAUUACUCAGGUAAAUGAGGUUACCCCCACGGCUGCUCAUUCCCACGGGUAAACCCGACACAACU